AUGUCGCAUCGCAUUGCUGCUUUCACCGAGCGUGAUGGUGAUGGUGUCCCCGCAUCUCUGGGGAAGAAGAUGAUCAAAAAGGAGGAGGAUGGAAAUUGUGAAAAAUCGUGCAACGAUCCCGACGCCGACGACGGUGGCGACCAGGACAACGGCAAGAAGCGCCGCCAACGACGACAGAGAACACAUUUCACAAGUCAACAACUACAAGAGCUGGAAGCAAAUUUUGCAAGGAAUCGAUACCCCGAUAUGUCGACGAGGGAAGAGAUCGCCGCCUGGACGAGUUUAACGGAACCCAGAGUUAGAAUUUGGUUCAAGAACCGUCGUGCAAAAUGGAGGAAACGCGAACGCAAUCAACUAAAUGAACUCAAGAACGGACUAGGACAACAUCAUUUUAAUGGACUCAUGCAACCUUUCGAUGAGGGGCUGUAUUCGGGAUAUUCUUAUAGUAACUGGGCAUCAGCGAAACCUACAGCGCCUAUGAGCUCAAAAGGAUUCGCAUGGCCGCUGAAUUCAGUGAACCCCUUGUCGGUGACCAGCCAACCCAUGUGUUUCAACCCCCAAUCCAGUAUGACGACGUCGUUUUCGCCCGCCACGCCCGUGAACGGCGUCGGCUCGCAACUGAACACUCUGAACAAUGCAGCAGCAGCAGCCGCAGCCGGCGCCGCGCCUGGCUGCCCCUACGCCACGGCGCCGGGGACGCCGUACGUCUACCGAGAGCCUUGCACGAACAGCAUAGCAUCGCUACGUCUGAAAGCGAAGCAGCAUUCGGAGAGCAUGACUAGCAUGACGGGCCUUACCUAUCCCGUCCGCCAGAGCCCUACCUUCUCGGCCUGCCAGUACGCUGCUGGCCAGUACACGAGUUUCAGCGGACCCUCUUGAUUUACGACGAAGUAAUGUCAUCUAUAAAAACCAAUUCCAGAUUCCUGUACAUUUUGCCAUGUAAAAGAUGAAGAAAGAUAAUUGAAUUAUCAAAUAUUUAUGAUGUUAGCGAUGAGUUUUACCAGAGUUACCAAUCGACUUGUGCAUUGUCAACACGCCAGAGUAAACGUGCUGCACAGUGCAGAGCUGGCGUUUCGGUUGUUGAUUUUCAGUCAUCAUCAUCAACAAAAUGACUCUUUGAUUAUCCAUUUAAUUUUAAAUUACUAUGAAUAAUAUUCAAGCGUCAUUCGUGCCGGAGUUCCUAAUCUUGAGAAGAAAUUAAAUGUAUGCAAAACAUAUCAAUAGUCGUCAUGAGCUAGUUUAUACAUAAUUAUGUGAUUGUAAUGUUCCUAUAUCAAAUUCAACACGUAUAUACCUACGUAUAUAAUUUACGGAUCCGAUUUUAAUACAUAAGACCGUGAUUACAGCCAAUUAUAAAUUAUCAUUGCAUGAUGGUAGUUGUGACAUAGCUGUAUUUCAAAGGAAAAAACACAAUUUAUGGACAUUCAUUCCAUGUGCCUUAUUUUCUAAAGGUAUUUUAUUUAGGAAAUACGAAACGUUUUCGUACCUACGGUUCCUUUCUUGGUGGUAUUUUCUUCCCCGAAUUUCUAGCGAUGGCACAAAGUUUUAUACAGUCAUACACUGAAGACAGUCAUUGGAGAAAUAUAAAGUUUACAAUUUUAAAAAAUCAAUAUAAUGGUGCUAUAAGUUAAAGAGUGCAAGACAAGUCCGCGAAACGGUAGAUGGAACCAUCGUUAUUAAUGUAAAUAUUCAAACAGUGAAAAAUACGGGGUGUACAGUUCAAAAAGAAUAUUUGUUCUAAAUGUCUUUUUUAGUGAUGUUGAUGAAUGUUUUACAGUUACGUUAUUGUUUUUUAUGUUCUCUUUUCCACUGUGUCACGAAGUUGGGAUCACAUUUAGAUGUGCUGUCGUGUCAAAAUAAGUAUCAUUUUUGGUUGUUAUUUUAUGUUAUUUUUAUUUGUUUCUUUUGAUCCACCAAUGGAAUUGGGACGUGGUAAACGAAUAUUAACAUAUCAUGAAAUUAACGCAAAUCCAUUGUUUUAAUCAUCGCAGACGAUUCGUAUAGCAAUAGGCUCAUACAGGCUCGUUCCAUAAUUCUGAAAAAUUAUUCAACGGAAAUUUCCUCACCGUCAAUAUACGUUACACUCAAUUUCCACGCUACAUCCGGGUGAGUGAUAUUGUAAAAACAUUCUGAUCGGGUAGUUUAUUUUAGUUGUAAAUGACGUCUUGCGUGAUAAAGUUAAUUAUCUGUAAGCUUGGACGAUGGUAGUUCUUUCUAAUAGAUUACUACCAGAUUAUGUUAAUGAAAAAAAUCAUAGAAUUUUUCGCAAUUUCCUGUUUGUGUCUCUUGCAAUCAUGUUAUAUCCUAAGUAGAAAGAAAUGUCCCUUUUCGAACAAGACUUAAUUAAUUUGAAAGGUUCUGCUAAGUUAUGCUCAAUUUCUAUGUAUUACCAACAUUCUAAUUUGUAUUUUAGAUCAUGACUUUAUUCUAAAUUUCUCGCUUGAUCAGUUGUUCUUACCAGGAAAGUUCGCCAUUUUGAAAUAUCAUGUGGGACAUUGGAUCGGCUACGUGUAUUUCAUGCAGAACCAUUACAAAAUGGCAAAAUAGAGUUAAUUUUGAAAAUACCAAAGAAUUCCAUAUAUAAUUUCGAAACUUUCAUUUUAGUUGGUGAUAUUGUGAUAAUUCAUAAUUCUUGGAUGCACUUCAUAGUAUUUUGAUGAAUCAGUUAAUCGAAAUCGGAGAAAAGGGAGAUUUAGAUAGUGGCCGUGAUUCAUAAUGAUUCAUAACUGAGACAAGGUAGGCCUACAUAAGUUGAUUCAUCAACAUCUCUAUUUGAUUCGUUUCUGAUCUCCGAGUUUGUGUUUCCCUCUUUCUUGCAGUUCUUAUACACGUACAAGAAGAAUGUUCGCUCGUACCUAAGAGAAUUUAAAUGAUUACUUCUUUUAUUUAAAUAAUUUCUUGUCCCGUUUUGUAACUUUUUGUAAUACACGACACCCGUGAUAGUUUUCACUGAAAGUUUCCUGUAGAAAAUGUAGAAAGUUAAAACAAAAAAAAUUAUGCAAAGAAAGUGAGAUGUAAAUAAUUAUGUUUAGUCAAGUGACUAUCAGAUGAAACGUUUCCAUGGAAACAGGAUUGUGGUGUAUUCAUGAAUUAAGCGGAGAAUAUGAGGGUGUGAAAUGAUCUUGAAAAAAAAUAGUUUGUGAGAAAAAAGUGAUGAGCGUUUCUUGUUCAUGUUUUUUACAAACGUAUAUCGACUCGUGACCUUUUUACUAUAUAAUAAACGGUGGACUUUAAAAUACGA